AUGCGAUCUGUUCAGUUAUGUCGUAGAGAUAAUGAUGAAUAUAUUAGCGAUGAUGAACUAAAUGAUAUAGUUAAUAGAUUAUCUUUACCUGAACUUUCAACUGUUAAAAGAGAAGAAGACAAAAUUUAUCAAAAUCUUAUGCCCAUAGACAAUGGAAUUUACGAUGGUACAGUUAACGAAGAACUGUUACGCGAAGGACAAGGUAUAUAUAGAUCAGAUAAUAGUGAAGAAUUUUAUUCCGGUUCAUGGAAGAAUAAUAAACCUCAUGGAUACGGAUAUAGUUUCAAAAGUCAGGGUCGUAGCAUUUAUCAUGGUGAAUUUGAGAACGGAGAACUUAAAGAGGGUUACGGAAAAGUGGGUUUAGAACAUAAAUAUGAAUAUGAAGGCAAGAUUGUGAAAGGGAAAUUCCAUGAUCUUGGAAGUCUAUCUAUUAAAAUAGAGGGUCUAAUAGAAAUAGAUAGUCCUGGUGUUGAAAAAGAUACUCUUAAACUUGUAGCUGAAUGGGAAAAAGGAAAAACAAGAUGUAUUUAUGUUAAUGGGAUUGAAAAAUAUUAUCAGUAUCAAUAUAAAGUCUUUUCUGAUAGUUUAGAUUCGAUUAUUUCAUUAGAUAAUGAAAAUCGACAAAAACAAAGACAAUAUUUUCGAAGUUUGAUCGAUUUAUCGGAGAAACGUCUUUUGAAUAUUACUUUAUUAAAAGAAAUUGCUAAACAUCCUAUGUUACCAGGACAGUUAAAAUUAUCAGCUGAUCUAUUAUCCCGAAUAGAUAAUAGUUAUACAAAAUUAGAGACGUACACUAAAAUACAAAUUAAAAAAUCUUAUAACGAUUGUGUGAAAGAUUUCUGUCGAACAGGAUUAAAAAUUUACGCUAGUCAAUUAGCAUGGAGCGAAGAUAAUGAUAAAUUUCAUUGUAUUUCUUCUAAAGAAGUUUUUGCCGAAAGUUUAAAUAAUCUUAGAAAUCAAACUGAAAUAUCUGAUCUAAAAAAAGUAUUGUUUUUAAAUCCGUUAGUAAUCGAUUCAAUUCGAAAAAUGAUACGUUUUGCUAAUGACAGAUUAAUUCAUAUUUCUUCUCAAUAUCAAUCUGAAUUUAUUCAACAUCAUACUACAAGAUCAGAUGAUGAAAAUAAUGAUAAAUAUCAUUUUUAUACUGAUUGUUAUUCUAAUUUACUGGAACUUCCUUUUAUAAGUCAAUCUGAAGUUGGAGCCGAACAAAAUUUGUCAUUUAAAUUAAAGGAAGAUGUUCUAGUAGCAGAGAAUAAUAUUGGAAAAGAAAUUACUUCAAUAGUUUUCGACGCAAUGAUGUUUUCAUUAGAUAAUUUAAAACCAUGGAAGGAAUUUCAGGUUGAAAAAUGGUCUUCUUAUUUUAAUGAAUCUAUUAAUCGUGAUAUUUCAAUUAAAAAUCUGGGAGAUAAAUUGUUAAUUAAAAUCUUUUAUGAUGCUAAAAAUAAGCUUCGAUCAUUUUUGAAAAUGAACAGAAAUAUCGAGGACACAAACGAAUUCUUUUCGCAUUUAGAAUCAAUAGUAAACUAUUACCAGAGUAGUCUAUCGAAAGAUGAAAAUUUAAAUUAUCAAAGUAAGAUGAAAGAGAUUAAGAAAAUACUUGAUUACUUUUUACAAAUUUCCAAAAAUCGAAAUUCUCAACAUACAGAUAUAAUCAACCUACAAUUAGAAUCAAUAAAAGCAUUUAUUGAAGGAAAAGAAAGUGUUACAAAUAUAAUUGAUCGGUUUCUUAACUAUAAUAUGGAAUUUUAUAAGUUAUCUGAAAACUUUAAUAGACGUUUUCCACCUAAUAUAUCACCAUUUAGUAAAAAUGCUUCAGACAUCUUAUCUUCAAUAAAAAUGAUUUUUCCUAUGAUUUUGAAAGAAGAAGAUAUGACGGAUCCGUUUGAAGAACCAGAAAGAUUUAAUGUAUCUAAUAAAAUAGAAAAGAAGUUAUAUGCAAUGCAAAAAAUCAACAACUUUCUUACUAACCUUGAAUCUUUAGAUUUCACGUGGUUUGUAGAAUUUGAAGAGAUUACGAAUUUUAAUUUUAAUUUGUUUGAACAAGUCGGAGGGAAAAAUUUUUUUAAAGUAUUAAAUAUCGACGAAGCCAAAGCAUAUAUUAAGGUUCCGUACCAUCAUUAUGUGUUAGAUGCAAUUAAACAAUUAUUAGACAUUAUUCAAAAUGUCUCAUUAAUUCAUCCAGUAAGUUCGACAGAUAUGAUUGAAAUACGAGCUGAAUUAAUAAUGGCUAUAGGAAAAUCUUUUAAGUAUUUUAGUGAUCAGAUCAAAUAUAAUAGUUUACAGAAAUUUCAAGAAGAUUGUGUUAUUCCUUUUCAAGAUGUUACGAAAGAUAUUGAGUCUUGUAAAAUAUUUUGUGAUAAACUAGAAAAAAUUGAUUUAUAUUUUUUAUAUAAUAGAAAACUAAAAGAAAUCGAUCUCAAGGAAGCUUUACGAUUAUUUCAAGUGAAAAAUGAAGCUUUAUAUGAAAUUCAGGCAAUACGAGAUGGCUUUUUAAAAUAUAAAAAGUUGUUUAACACCUAUUUUAAUGAUGUUAUUAAGAAAGAAAUUUCAAUUGAAGAUAUAACGAAAAAAACUAAAGAAAUUGCGAAGACAUGGAAUUUUCGAAAAGAACCUAUUCCAGACAUUAUAGCUGGACUCUCAGUUAUACUUUCUUUAAGCACCUCUGAUUUUAUCGAAAAGCGUAACAAUAAAUAUCAAUUAAAAAAUAAAUAUAAUGAAACCUAUUUGUUACAACCUCAUUGUAUUCAAAUCCUUGGAGUAUUAAUGCUAUUAAAUAUUGAUGAAGAAGGUAAAUCAAUUCCUCCUAAUCAUCUUGCUGAGAUUUUAACUGGACAAGGUAAAUCUUGGGCAUUAGCUCUUUUAGCAGGAUUUUUUAGUUUGACUAGUUAUCAAGUUACAGUUGGUUGUUACAGCAAUUAUUUAUCUAAAAGAGAUAAAAGUGAUUUCGAGAAGAAUUUAGCUCCUUUUAAUUUCACAAAUGAUGUUAAUUAUACAACAUUUGAAUCAAUGUGUAAUAAGAAACUAUCCAGUAAAAAAAGUAACAAAAAUGUAGGGGAUAUUAUUGCAGAUAUUGUGUCAGGAAAAGAAUUAUCUCCUAGUUAUAGUGAAGGAAAUGAAAAACAAAAAUCAAUUCUAUUGAUCGAUGAGGUCGAUGUAUUUUUUUCACAUGAAUUUGGUACAGUGUAUCGGCCGGCAGUUAAUGUUACAAACAGAAAUGUUGCUGAAGUACAAAAAGACAUUUGA